AUGAUCUUCCGCGGUGACACCCCGCGAAUCUUCCUGUUUGAUUUGUCGUCACCAGCCCGCGUCCUGCUUCAUCCUGCGGUGGUUAACCGUGGUCUUCAUCUUCGUCUUGGCCAAGCUCCAUCUGCGACUCUUCACCAUUGGAGCACGGUUUCCUCUGUGAGAUCAUCGAGGAAGACAAUGUUUUUGUUCGAUUGGUUCUACGGAAUCUUAGCUUCGUUAGGGUUAUGGCAGAAAGAGGCGAAGAUCUUGUUUCUCGCCCUCGAUAAUGCUGGAAAAACCACACUCCUUCACAUGCUCAAAGACGAGAGAUUGGUUCAGCACCAGCCGACACAACAUCGAACCUCUGAGGAACUUAGCAUUGGCAAAAUCAAGUUCAAGGCUUUUGAUUUGGGCGGCCAUCAGAUUGCUCGAAGAGUUUGGAAAGAUUACUAUGCCAAGGUUGAUGCAGUUGUCUACCUCGUGGAUGCCUAUGACAAGGAGAGAUUUUCAGAGUCAAAAAGAGAGCUCGACGCUCUUCUCUCAGAUGAAGCCCUUGCAACUGUCCCGUUUCUUAUUCUCGGAAACAAGAUUGAUAUUCCUUAUGCAGCCUCCGAAGACGAGCUUAGGUAUCACUUGGGUCUCACCAACUUCACCACCGGUAAGGGAAAAGUAACAACAGCUGGAGGAGAUUCUGGUGUUCGCCCUCUUGAGGUCUUCAUGUGCAGCAUUGUCCGUAAAAUGGGUUAUGGCGAGGGAUUCAAAUGGCUCUCUCAGUACAUCAACUAA